AUGUUCGGCGACUCCGACGGAUCCAAGGACGCCAGCGCCGGGGCGCCCGGGUCCGCCCCGCCCGAGCCGCCCUUCCCCAACCGCGAGCUCACGCUCAGCAGCUACCUCUGCGACAAGCCGCCGCUCGCCUCGGCGGCGGCGGGGCCGUCCUCGCCGCCGAACCCCGCGGCCGCGGCGGCCUCGGCUGCCGAGGAUGCCGCCGCCGCGGCCGCCAGCGCCAAGCUCUGCGUCGAGCGGGACUUCCUCCACCUCUCCGCGCCCAAGCGCGGGGAUCCGCCCGGCGACGACUCGUCCGUGGUCGGGGGUAAGAAGCCCCGCCUCGACUCGCUCCAGCUCUCUCUCUCCCUCUCCAACGACGCGCCCGCGCCGCCGCCGCCGUCCUCCUCCCAGCCGCCGUCGCACCUCGCGUCCCUCCUCCCGGCAGAUGGCGAUCUGCGGGGCGGGAGCGCCGCGACCGCCGCGGCGGCGGCCACCACCACCGCAGCCGCGGUGCCUGCCGCUGCCGCGCCGCCGCCCAGGCGGACCUACAGCGCCAACACGGGGCGCACGCGCAGCAUCAACUCCGACGACAUGUCCUACUCCUACUCGGUGUUCUCGCACAACCCCAGCUGCUCCCUCACGCACAACUCCACCGACAUCUACGCCGCCGGGGAGGGCACCAACGGCUCCGUCCACAGCCGCUUCAACUUCCGCCCCAUGGGGGACGGCAGCGUCGCCUUCGCCACUGCGCCGCUCAAGGAGGGCACCUCGUCCUUCUUCCCCACCGAGCUCCCCGCGAGGAUGGUAGCGCCGGCAGCGGCGCUCAGCGCGGGAGGCAGCUUCGACGGCAGCCGUGGCGGGAUGCACUCGUCGCGGCCUGAUAGGAUCCUGAGGGAGAUCGUGUCCGACUCUGUGGCUUCCAUGGCGCAGGUGCUGCAGGAUUUUCCGAGUGAAACGCUGGAGGUGCUGCGGGAGACAGUGCGGAACAUGAUUGAUGCUCCAGAGAGGAGGGAUGAAUUGUCAAGCCUCCAGCGGAAGCUGGAGCGUCGAUCGGACCUGACUGCCGAGACACUGGGGCGGGCGAACAAGACGCAGCUGGAGAUCCUGGUGGCCAUCAAGACUGGCAUGGCCGUGUUUGUGACCGGCAAGGGACGAGUAUCUAGCAGCGAGCUUGUGGAGAUGUUCCUAUUGACGCGAUGCCGCAACCUGAAUUGCAAGAGCGCACUCCCUGUGGACGACUGUGAGUGCAAGAUUUGCUCCACCAAGAAAGGGUUCUGCAGUGCAUGUAUGUGCCCAGUGUGCCAGAAGUUUGAUUGUGCUGCAAAUACUUGCAGCUGGGUUGGGUGUGAUGUCUGCUCCCAUUGGUGCCAUGCUGCAUGCGCACUAGAGAGGAACUUGAUCAGGCCUGGCCCAACAUUGAAGGGGACUAUGGGUACAACUGAGAUGCAGUUCCAGUGCCUCGGCUGCAACCAUGCUUCUGAGAUGUUUGGAUUUGUUAAGGAGGUGUUCAACUGCUGCGCAGAGAACUGGAGUCCUGAGACGCAGAUGAAAGAGCUGGACUUCGUUAGGAAGAUAUUUGCAGCUAGUGAGGAUUUUGAGGGGAAGGGGCUCCAUGCCAAGGCAGAAGAGGUCCUCAGCAUGCUUGCAAAGAAACUUAUUACCCCUUCUGAUGCAACAAGCAGCAUGCUACAAUUCUUUAAAUAUGGAGUUACGGACUACUCUGUUACUGGCAGCAAGUCAAAAGGAAUACUGGCGGCUCAGACGUGUAAAUCUACAGAUAUGCUUCAUCUUCAAACCCCAACCAUCACCCCACCAAAAUCAUCCUUCAACUUCAAGCCCAGCACCUCCAUUCUUGAUACACAGCUUGAAGCACUUAAGGCCAGUCCAAAGUCACUCCCUAUUGAGAACCAUUUCAGCUCUGCCUCAAAGGAUGAUGAUGCCUCCAGCCUGGAGACCAUCGUGAAGUGCAAGGAAGCUGAGGCAAAACUGUUCCAGAAACUCGCUGACGAUGCCAGGAAGGAAGUGGACAGCUACCGCCACAUCGUACGCGCCAAGACCCAGAAGCUGGAGGAGGAGUAUGCCACGAAGCUGGCGAAGCUGGGAUUCCAGGAGACAGAGGAGAAGCGGAGGAAGAAGAUGGAGGAGCUCAAGAUGCUCGAGAACUCGCACUACGACUACCACAAGAUGAAGCUGCGGAUGCAGACCGAAAUCCAGGGCCUCCUCGAGAGGAUGGAAGCCACAAAGAAGAUGUGGGUAUAGGCUCCGCUCCGUUAACAGUUGUCUGCUGCUUCUUGCUGAAUACCUGUGGGUAUAGAUUCCAGUUAACAAUUGUGUCCUGCUGCUGCUUAAUACCUUGAGAUGUCUUGUUGUUCAUUAGGAGAGAGUUUCUCAACUGUUGUAUUCCUUCACCAUCCUGUGUCCUCAACUGCCUGUUCUUGUUGUAACCUGUAAGUGGAUGCCUAACCUUGCGCUGGCAGAUAUAGCUUGCCAGCAUAUUCAUCAAUCAAUGGUUUGCCAGUUUGUGCUA